GUCUAUCCAGUUUCUGCAUUAGGUGGUAUCCAUUUUAUUUCAGCACUGAAGAAACCAUUCCCUCACAUAUCAGUGCUUGCUUCUCAAGGCAUAAUGAUAGAUUCUGUACGUGACUAUAUAUCAUGUGGGGCAUCAUCGGUUGUUUUGUCUGAUGCCAUAUUUAAUAAAGAGGCAAUGGCUCAGAAAAAUUUCAAUGCAAUAUAUCAACUUGCAAGCCUUGCUGCUCUGCAGGGAAAAGAAGCUGUAUUACGAAAGAGGAAUUACAACCCAAAUUAAUUGCUUCAGAUGAGCAUAAAGGUUCUGUUCUGCAUUGUCUAUACCUGACCAGUUUAAAAGCAUCAGUAAGGUUUUCUGAUGGUGUGAAUGCCUUUGGACAGGGAACAGAUUACUGACUGAGAAUGGUAAAUGCACAUAAGGCGUUUACCUUUUCAUUUCAUUUGUUUUAUGAUUUUUGUUAUGCCAAAGUUUUUUUGAUAGAAAUAUUCUUGAGUUUUUGCAUGUACGGAAAAUAGAAAAUAUAAUGUGAUAGUGAAUAAUAACAUAGGGGAUGCUUUGGAUUAUAUUAGAUACAUAAAAUCAUAUAAAAAAGAACUACUUUCGAAUGCUUCAAA